ACCUGGAAAAAACCCAGCCGUCUGACGGCGUGAAAUUCGCUUCCCGAAGUGUCAACUCGAGACCAAAUUCAAAUUCCGUUUAUAUAACGAGUUUUUCUGUUAACCGCCCAUCACAGUCCGCUUCUUUCUUUUUUUUUUUCUUUUUUUUUUUUUUCUUAAAAGUACGUAGGGGAUUCUAGGAUCCUUCAAAACUGCUACCUGAAAAUGGCACCACUUAUUUCAAUAACCUGCAGCUAUUAGUAGAACGUACAGCAGCACUGAAACCGAGGGACAGCUUUUGAAUUCCUUUGUCCAGUAUUUUGGUGACAGCCUUGGGAGGAAGAUUAAAAGAAUGCCUUUAAUUGAAGAAACUGUUCUGCCUGGAGACUCCCUCCUUACUCUGCCUGUAGUAAUAAUAGGAAAUGGACCUUCAGGAAUUUGUCUUUCUUACCUGCUCUCUGGAUACAGGCCAUAUUUGUCUCCUGAAGCUAUACACCCAAACCCCAUUCUACAUACGAAAUUAGAAGAAGCUCGACAUCUUUCCAUUGUUGAUCAAGACCUGGAGUACCUGUCCGAAGGCCUCGAAGGACGCUCUUCAAACCCGGUUGCAGUACUUUUUGAUACGUUGCUUCAUCCCGAUGCUGACUUUGGGUAUGACUACCCACCUGUUCUGCACUGGAAGCUGGAACAACAUAAUUACAUUCCCCAUAUAGUGCUUGGUAAAGGACCACCUGGCGGGGCUUGGCAUUCCAUGGAAGGCUCUAUGCUAACCAUCAGUUUUGGAGACUGGAUGGAAUUGCCUGGCCUCAGCUUUAAGGAGUGGGCAGCUAGCAAACGCAGAAAUAUAAAGAGUGAUCGAGUAAUGCCAGAGGAAAUAGCUUGUUAUUAUAAACACUAUGUUAAAGUCAUGGGCCUCCAAAAGAAUUUCAGAGACAAUGUUUACAUAACAUCAGUGUCCAGACUUUACCGAGGAAAGGAUGAUGAAGACAGAAGUCAGCGAAAUGAAGAUAUUUCAACACAGCAUUUGGAAAUGGAAGAUGGACAGAAAUCACUUACUAAGAGAAACUGGGAAGUCAGAGGUUAUCAGCGAGCAACAGAUGGUUCUCAUGUGCCCUUCUGCCUCUUUGCUGAGAAUGUGGCUCUUGCCACAGGAACCUUUGAUUCUCCUGGCCGAUUACAAGUUGAAGGAGAAGACUUUCCUUUUGUCCUCCAUUCCAUGUCUGACUUCGGAGCUGCAAUCAGCAAAGGAAAGUUACGUGGGAAGGCAGACCCUGUGUUAAUUGUGGGUGCUGGACUUACAGCAGCUGAUGCAGUACUCUGUGCCUGUAACAACAACAUCCCAGUAAUCCACGUGUUUCGUAGAAGAGUUACCGAUACAAGCCUAAUUUUCAAACAGUUACCUAAAAAGCUUUACCCUGAAUACCAUAAGGUGUAUCAUAUGAUGUGUACUCAGUCCCAUACUGUGGACUCUAACCAACAUUCUGCUUACACUAGUUUCCCUGAACACAACGUACUUUCCUUCAAGCCUGAAAUGAAAUGUGUUCUUCAGAGUGCCUCUGGACUGAAGAAAAUUUUAAAGUUUUCUGUAGCCUUAGUUCUGAUAGGUUCUCACCCAAAUCUUUUCUUUCUAAAGGACCAAGGACAUAGCAUAGGUCGUCACUCUAAUCAGCCCAUCACAUGCAAGGGGAAUCCUAUAGAGAUUGAUCCAUACACUUAUGAAUGCACUAAAGAAGCCAACCUCUUUGCUCUAGGUCCUCUGGUGGGAGACAACUUUGUACGGUUUUUAAAAGGAGGUGCACUGGGCAUUGCACGAUGCUUGGCAAUAAGACAAAAGAAGAAACAUGAAUUGAUUGAAAGUGGGGAUGGAGGAGGUGAUGGGGUACCAUAAAUGAGACAUUAGAAAUUUUCACAUCCAGGAUUACAGAUGUAGUCUAACAGAACAGUCACUGGCAGCGAAAGUUGAUAGCAGUCUCAUUUCUGUCAUGUGCAAGUAACCUGCGCUUGUAUUGCUUGGUAAAGGAUGCUGAUACUACAAUACUUCACCCUUUCAAAAUAGAAAAACUUGAUCUGCUAUUUCAACUUAUUUCAACUGGAAUUAUUUCCAGAUAAACAGAAAAUGAGACUAGACUAACUUAUAUUGACCUGCCUGUCAUCUGCUCAGCUACGAGAGCAGAUUUCCUUGGGAAAAGCAAUGCCUACCAGAGUGGCUUUAUAUUUUAGUGUCCAAUGUGACAAAAGCACUCUUACCAUGAAAUUAAAGUAACUUCUAAAAGCAGAAAGCUUGUUUAGUACAAGGUGAUUCUUGGUCCCAAAGCAAAUUAAGAGCCUUCUGCUCGAAACAAGGAUUCUGUUUAUUUGCUACAGUAAUACUUGGAAUGAGCACUUAGUAAAAUGGUUUCUAUUGUAAGAACGCUUUCUGUAAGCAAAUAUUCCUCUAUAGUUUUAAGUUAUCCUUAUAAUUGGAAUAAAAGAAUAAGCAUUCCCAUUUAAUCUUUAACAAUGAUUUGACACAAUUCAUUAAUGUUUUUUCACACUAUGCCUAGAGUUGGUGAAUACACAAAGACUACCAUGACAUGUUCCCCUACAGUGAUAUGAACAUUUCUGAGAAUACACAUUAACAUAAACAGUAAUAAAGUACUGAUGUAAGUGCUCUUAUUACAGUGUCAAUAUAGUGAAUAUCUAGUGUACUAUCAAAAGUUAAGUACAUGAGAAAACUAAAGAUUUUUUUGCUUCCUAGCUCAGGAAGGCUGAAGGGGAUCACUUGGCUGAUGAAGGUGGGCUGGGUGAUAGAUAUUCUCAUCUCCUGUUUGACCAAGGAUUGUUUUUUUCUCUUUCUUUUUUUAUAAAGCAGCACAUAAUUGUAAAAUAUUUUAUCCUGCAGUUUUUGAAACUUAAGAAAGGGUCAUUAUCUCACAGCCAGCGAAAAAAUAAACCAAACUCAAAACAAACGUGCCAUAGUUUCUUUAAAUCUUAGAGCUUGUCAUGAAAGAUAAAGGCAACUUGUACCUACCUCUGAAUCCAAGUUUCACCCUUCUGCUCCAUUAUGUAAGACCUAGAUUUCAUUUGCUGGGUUUUAGAGUAUUUAGUUUAUCUAAACACACUCCACCAUAGUGAGGUUAAUCAGCAGCUAGUUAGAAAAGUGAACUUCCAGAACUCUCAAUAGACAAAAGUGCUUGGGUUCAACUGAUUUAUUACUAAACGUCCAAUGUGAUGGAAUAGAUGUUUUUUUGUUUGGGACUUUUUUUGUGUUAAAGAAUGUCAUGUUAGUUCAAGGUAUUGUGUUUGCAUGAUUAAAAAUCUUCAUAUUAGAGCCUAGACAGAUUUAAGAAAGGAAAUAAGGCUUAGGCUUUGUGAAACUGCUAGUGCUUGCUGGUUUCCCAGCUAUCUUAACUUUCAUAAGUUAUAUAUACCUGUAUUCAAUUCAUGCCUGCUUUCUGUGCCUGCUGAAUUACAGGGUUCUGUGGCUACUGCAGGCCCUUACGCAUCUGAGUAAGUUACUCAGACUUUGGACAUAGAAAUUGAAGGUACAGUAUGUAAGGAUUAAACUUACUUACUUUCAGUGAAGUCCAAAGCAAUUUAUGACAUACUACUAAUAAUAAUUUUAGUUUAGAGCCACUUAAUAGCAUUAAAAUAAACACAGAGGAACAUUUCCAUCAAUUUCUGCAUUGCCCACGUGGUUGGCUUUAAUCAUACAUUGUCGAUACUAGUUAUGAAAAUUUUUUUUACUGAUAUUUGAGCUGUUUUUAAUUAUGCUAAAUUCUAGGCUUAUUCACUUAUUCAAUUCUAGGCUUAUCUCAAGUCAAUUGAGAUUCUGUAAUUUGCCUUCUUUGGCAGAAGCUGUAUAUAUAGAAACCUAUUCUAAACCUGUGAUAUCUAAUAAUUUUAACUGAGAAUUGGUUACAAGUGCAAAGUACUUGAUUAUAGAACUUAUUGGGACUACACCUGCACUGUGAUUAAAUUCCUUCAGUUUUGUGUCAAUAUAAAUAUCCAAAUACAACAUACUGUGACAUUACUGCUUUUUCAUUUGUCAUGAGACGUGUAAAAUGCCAGCAAAACAAAGGAAGAAUUUACUUAAAGAAUUAAUUUGCAAAAAAGGGAAGAAAGCUUCAAGCAGCCGGAUUUCUAGCUGCAGCUGCGAACAAGCUGUGUGUGUUGUAGUGGCAAAUUUGUAGCAGAGAUCUGUGACCUGUGACUUAUUAUUACAGAUUAUUAUCUUUCACUGCAGUCUUACGGCACCUUGAGGUUUAAUUGCCUUUUUCUUUUUAUCAAUCUUAUCAUUUUUGAGAUAAAAAGUUGCAUGUGAGACUGCUUAGGUGGGCAGAGAAAUUUUCUCAGUGUUAAUGUUUAUUAAGCCGUUAUAAAGAUACUUUUUUGAACCAAAGCUUUACCAAAAGAUCAUCCUCUUUCUUCUAGGAAUUGCUAGAUUUAAAAUUGUAGCCAGACUUUCUCACUUUUGUGUUUCUUAUUUUGAGAAAAAUUUGUGUCUCUCUCCUCUUUGGUAUUUUGAGGGACUAAGAGAUGCAAAAAUUCAAGCUUUGCCUUAAGACAGUUUUACCUAAAGCGCUGCAUUUAUUGUGAAUUAGAUGUUGGCACUGAGUUGUUGUCUUUUGGGGAAACACCUUGUUUCUCCGAUUUAAAAAAAACACCACAAACAUUUGAACUUCUGUGUUUUAAUAGUUCCCAGAAAGGAGAUUGCUUCUUUCAGCUCUUCUUUCAGUGAGAAAGAUAAGCUUUUAAAAAUCCUGGAUUUUAAAAGGAUGCUUCCUACUUAAGCUUUAUUAAUAAAAAAAGACAGGAAGAAUAUAAUUUAAUUUGAAUUUAGAGAAUUUGUGAAGCUGUCUUAACCCAUACUAUGUAUUUGCUAGUAGGUUAGUGGAAAAACAUCUCUUACAUUUGGAUUUGAUUCUUAAUGCUGUGACUGUGUUUGAGAGUUAAAUUAUUGCUAAGAUUAUUUUAAGUAGUAUCCAGCUGUUGAACUGGGACUACGAUUUGUCAUAGUAGAUUUCCUUAACAGUCUUUGUCCUUUCUGGUGCCUCUUUUGAUUGAAUUCUGCUUAAAACAUUUUCCAGAAAGGAGUAAAUCUAAGUUUAACUCGGAUGAGUAAACGCGGAAAUCCUUUUUGCAAGUAAUCCAGAGAGUGGUGACAAUAACACCAGAAUUUUUCUCUCAGGAAAAUGUAUUGCUUUGGACUAGCAGCCUGGGCUUGCCAGUGAAUGCAUGGAAUGUGUAUGGCUGUACACCGAGUAAGGGACACCAAAGUGCAUCCCACAGCUCUAGGUCCCUAGUCGGUCCCUAGUCCUCAGCACUUUUGUUGGAGGAGGUGGCUGUAACUUCUUUCUCUCGCAGCUCAAGAACUGUGAAAAGGUUAGAGCUAGAAAUGCAGAGUACUUACUCAAAACUGGAGGAUUAAGACCCAAACUUAAGAGCCAAGCCUGAGCUGCAUAUCCAGUUGAAAGAAAAGGCCAUUUUUAGGCCAACUGCUCUUGAGAAAGAAUGAAAGGGUGUAAAAUUUGCAAACUGCUAGUGAGUAUUCACUGAUGACAAGAAUGACGAGUGAGGAAUGAUGGGAGGAAAGCUGCAAAGAACCUUUGCAAUCUGAACUGCAGAUGUAGGGGUGCUGAAGUGUGUCCACACAGCUUUGACAGGCUGGUGGUGUCCCAUCCUCUUGGGUCAGGAUCUGUGUACUGUGACUGCAGAGCUCUGCACCGCAGCUGGUCAUCCUACGUGUUGCUGUAUGUGUUUAACUGAAGUGCACUGAAAUGCAACAUACAGACUACAAGCAAUUGUAUUUGCUCACUGAGCUGUAGGACUGAUCAGUAAGGUGGUGUGCCAAGAGAUAAGGCUUUGUUGCUCUGCUACCGUAUUUUCUACCCUCUAAGAAAGCAAGCAGGUAUCUUCAUGUUAUAACAGGAUCUGGGGCUGUACAGUGCUCCCAAACAUUUCUAAACAGCAAGACGUAAUACACAUAUGCCUUAAACUCGAUUUCAUUAUUGUCCAUGUAGUAAUGAUUAAUUCUAAGUAAGUUAUGGAACAAAAAAAAUGGAACAAAAAAAGGUUUAUACUGUUAUAUUUUAAUUUAGAGUAUAUUUUAGAGUCUUACAAUAACAAUGUUCUGUCAUAAUUUUCCAUUCUUAUUUUAAGGUGAGAGCAAGUUGGGAGCACUCAACUGAGAGUUUUUUGUACUUCCACCAUUUCCCCUUGCCCAACCUGAAAGAAAAGUCAUGCUUUGUUUGAAAUAACCAUAAUAGUUGAUUCUGUUUAGCAGAAACAAUGGAAAUUAAAACAUCUUUGACAGAGAAAGGAAGGCUUUGGUGGCAUUAGGGGUAAAAAUUUGAAGUAAGACUUGAAUUAUAAAGCGCUCUUUUUCUGCAAAAGAGUGUCUGUUACUCUUAGGUGUUUCACUUAAUUUCUGAAGCCUGAAUUACACAGGGAAUUGUGCAGUCAAGGAUGAAUUUGGUGUAAGGAACAAGGAUUAUGGGGGGAAAAUAAUUUAUAGUAUAAUUUAGUCACAGUGAAGCUAAGCACUGUUGUAGAGAUAGCUUUGUCUUUGUAGACACUGGAACAUUUAAUCUCAAGCAAACCUUGAACUUGAGUUCACAUUAUACCUGUCUGCCUAUUAGCUCAUUUUAUAACUAAUGAUUUUGUAUUUUCAGGGCACAUUAAGCCAACUCUUAAAACUUAGUGGUCCUCAGGAGUCAUCAAAACCAGGAAACUACUUGUUCUGGAGACUAAAUUAUUCUAAUUUGCACUUUCCCAUCUCUUUAUUCUGAGAUCACUGGCAAUGUGUAAGUACCAGCCUAUGCUGCCUGCAGUGGAUGCUUCAAUAAACUAAAAUUCAGCUUCAUGUUUCUGGACACCCUCUCUAGAUUUACAUGCCAGCAUAAAGAAAAUUAACAGCUAGGACUGGUAUAUAUUCACAGAAUAUUACAGCAUCCGGCAUUUUUAGGUUCUUUUUUAACUAGGUAUAUAAAGAAAAAAAUAGUCGUCCACAAAGACAAAGCUAGAGACAAGAUGAAAGAGGUUUGAUACAGUUCCAAGGGAUACUCUGAGGAGAGGGAAAUGGUUCAUUUUUCACCAGUCUGGAUGCUAGACCAGCUUCUAUGUGAACAUCAAGUUAUUGCUGUUCAUGAACUGAUCCUGCUACCUUACAUCUCCCUGGCACAAUUUACAAAGAUCUUGCCUGUUUCUCUCUUAGUCCUGGUAUGCUUGUUGUGGAAUUCCAGUUCUAAAUUAGAUAAAGGCUUAUAUUCAUUUACCUAUGUGCAUGUUCACACACAAUGCAUCUGAGCUUGGAAACACUAUGUAAAAGUCAUUUCUGUGUGUGUCAGUGCUUCAGUUUUCUGCUUUUGCUGGAGUAUGUUUGGGUUAUACUAUUUUUUUCUAAGAUGAGCAAUGUAAAUGUGUACAGAACUUUUGCUGUCAGCGGCAAGCAACUCAUGAGCAAAAUCUCAGCUUUGAUUAGACAACAAACAUUCCUGAGGUUUGCAUGCCAAGCUUGUUUUAUCUUCAUGUGUGAAAACUGAUGGUGGACUGAACGUGCAAAAUAUUAAAACAGUUUCACCUAGAAGUCAAUUAUUUUGGUUUUGAGAAGUGGGGAACUAGUAAGUCAAAGGAAAGAACAAACUGGGGAGGAAGAGGCAUUCAUAAAGCUGCAGUGUUCAGGAAGAGGGAGAAGGCAUUGGUUUGCAUGGACCUGCUGCUGUAGCCAAUGACAGAGAUAACAGCAGUCAAGGUUGUGGCAGAGUGGUUUGGGCAGAGAGCUAAAGGAAGUGGCAGGGAAAGUUGCUAGUUAGGGAGAUCUGAUAUUGUGUCGCAUUUUUUUUAACUAUCUCACUGGAAUGUGGUAAUGGCUGUCAAAGAUUUUAAGAGGAAGAAGAGGAAUAAUGGUAAGGAAUAUGGUUCAUGUUUUACCACACUUGGCUUGAGUUCUAAGGAGAUACCAGAACAACCAGAACACAACUGGAAUUUGUGAAUGAAACACCAGGUGUGGCCAAAUGUGACUAAGGAUCAAUACAAGAAAUGGAACAGAGCAGGUGAAGAAGG